CCGGCCAGGCCUGCGCAGUCGAGGCGGCGGGGGAAGAUGGUGGAGGACGGCGCCGAGGAGCUGGAAGACCUGGUGCACUUCUCCGUGUCCGAGUUGCCUAGUCGCGGCUACGGCGUCAUGGAGGAGAUCCGGCGGCAGGGCAAGCUGUGCGACGUGACGCUCAAGAUUGGGGACCACAAAUUCAGUGCUCAUCGGAUCGUCUUAGCGGCCUCCAUCCCGUACUUCCACGCUAUGUUCACAAAUGACAUGAUGGAGUGCAAGCAGGAUGAAAUUGUCAUGCAAGGGAUGGACCCGAGUGCCCUGGAGGCUCUGAUCAACUUUGCCUACAAUGGCCACCUUGCCAUCGACCAGCAAAACGUCCAGUCACUGCUGAUGGGGGCGAGCUUCCUGCAGCUACAGAGCAUCAAAGACGCCUGCUGCACCUUCCUCCGAGAACGGCUUCACCCAAAAAACUGCCUGGGCGUACGCCAGUUUGCUGAGACCAUGAUGUGUGCUGUGCUCUACGAUGCGGCCACCAGCUUCGUCCACCAGCACUUUGUGGAGGUGUCCAUGUCGGAGGAAUUCCUGGCCUUGCCCUUGGAGGACGUGCUGGAGCUGGUGUCCCGGGAUGAGCUGAAUGUCAGGUCCGAGGAGCAGGUGUUUGAAGCCGCAUUGGCCUGGGUGAGGUACGACUGCGAGCAGAGGGGGCCCUGCCUGCCUGAGCUGCUGUCCAAUAUCCGCCUGCCCCUCUGCCGGCCCCAGUUCCUGUCAGACCGCGUGCAGCAGGAUGACCUGGUGCGUUGCUGCCACAAGUGCAGGGACCUGGUAGACGAAGCAAAGGACUAUCACCUCAUGCCAGAGCGCCGGCCCCACCUGCCACCUUUCAGAACUCGGCCUCGCUGCUGCACGUCCAUCGCUGGGCUUAUCUAUGCCGUGGGCGGCCUCAACUCAGCAGCAAAUUUUUAUGCAGGUGAUUCCCUGAAUGUGGUGGAAGUGUUCGACCCCGUCGCCAAUCACUGGGAGAAGUGCCAUCCCAUGACAACUGCCCGCAGCCGCGUCGGUGUGGCCGUGGUGAAUGGGCUUCUCUAUGCCAUCGGUGGAUACGACGGCCAGCUACGGCUGAGCACUGUGGAGGUCUACAACCCAGAGACGGACACGUGGACCAGAGUGGGGAGCAUGAAUAGCAAGAGAAGUGCCAUGGGGACGGUCGUGCUGGAUGGGCAGAUCUACGUCUGUGGUGGCUAUGAUGGCAGCUCUUCUCUCAACUCUGUGGAGACCUACUCGCCUGAGACGGACAAGUGGACAGUGGUGACCCCAAUGAGCUCGAAUCGCAGUGCUGCGGGGGUCACAGUCUUUGAGGGCAGGAUACACGUGUCGGGCGGCCACGACGGCCUGCAGAUCUUCAGCAGUGUGGAGCACUACAACCACCACACGGCCACCUGGCACCCGGCCGCUGGCAUGCUGAACAAGCGUUGCCGGCAUGGAGCCGCCUCCCUGGGGAGCAAGAUGUUUGUCUGUGGGGGCUACGACGGCUCUGGCUUCCUGAGCAUCGCCGAGGUGUACAGCUCCGUAGCAGACCAGUGGUGCCUGAUUGUCCCCAUGCACACGCGCCGGAGUCGCGUCUCGCUGGUGGCCAGCUGUGGACGCCUCUACGCCGUGGGGGGCUACGAUGGGCAGUCGAACCUGAGCUCGGUGGAGAUGUAUGACCCGGAGACGGACCGCUGGACGUUUAUGGCCCCCAUGGCAUGUCAUGAGGGCGGGGUCGGUGUGGGCUGCAUCCCCCUCCUCACCAUCUAAGGCAGAGGGUGGGACGCGGUGGGGUAGGGAUCUGGUACAAACAUAGGCACUUCCUUCCAGGGACAGUCCCUCCUGGCAAGGUGUGGACCAGAAGACGGGGUGAAAUGUGAGCUCACCGGAGGUAGUUUCCCCGGGUGCUUACGUCCUCCCUCACUGUGCUGCCCUUGUGACCUCCAGGUCUAGAUCAUCAAGAUGCACAGCAUGGGACAGAAGCCCCUGUGGGUCCCACAGCUGGUGACAUGGGACUGUUUUGCUGGUCCACACGUACACAGGCUCCAUCCAAGCCCAGUGCCCACCUGCCACAGCUGCAGGCCGCCCGCAGGCAGCAGGCCUUCCAUCUGACACCCCUCGCCUGCUAUGCUCCGGCCAUGUGCUGCCCAGUUCGUGGUGGGGUGGCUGCAGUGGCCAAGCUGGUUGGAAACUGGGGGUUGUGGCUGGGAGACAAGGACGCUCCAGUGUCUCACUGCCUGUGAUGACGACCGUGCGGCUGCAGCACCGCCUCCUUCCGUCCUGGGCACAGAGGAUUUUGUCUCAUCGCUGGGUCAGCAGGGAGAACAGGCUUCUCCUGUGGCUAAUUUUGGGAUUCCAGUGAGGUCUUUUUCAUCUUGUUCAGGAGAAACAGAAGAAAAACACAAAGAUACUUGAAAGAAACUGAAGAAAAUUUAAAGAAACACAUGAAAGAAACUAGAGAGAAAAAUACUUUUUUUUAUGUGAACAUUUUUUGCAAGAAAAUAACAUGAAAAAAAGACACUAAAGGGGAAAUAUGUGUUUUAAGUAGAAAACCACCUAACAUGAAAAGGGCGGUAUCCGCUCCCACAUUCGGAUCCAGGGUCCUGAGGCCUCACACAGCACUUAGGUUUCCCUCUGAGCCUCGGUGUGUUUGGAAUCAGUGCUCUCGACUGGUCCUGUGGCAAGGUGCUCGUGAGGUUUGUCUUCACACCCAUCAUCAGAGGACUUUUUUAAUCGUAGGCUUAGUGAGUCGGCUGAAUUACUGCCACUCUUCUAGGUGGGAGCCCCCAGCUCGUCACUGGGGGCUCCGGUACCCGUGUGGUUACCUCCCACUGCCACCAUGGCUCUCAUUCAGAUCCCCAGCCCCACUUUCAUUCCUUCCUUAUGUGACCAGCAGGAAGCAGCAAGUCUGGCCAGAUUCUCACUCGCCCAUCUGUCAUUCUUGGAUAGCUGUCCUCAUCAUUAUGCUUCUGGGGCACAUUGACUGUUUGAACUCUAGAGCCUAACCAGGGACUUGGUCCUUCCACCAGCCAUGGGCUGGCUUGGUCCAGUAACCUCAUCUCCCCUGCCAGGCCACUGCUCCUCCACCCACUCGCCAAUUCCAGGGGUCUGGCCUCCCUCCGGCCCUUGGCUGACCCAUCAGCCAGGUUGACCUUCACAUUCAAGCAAAACGCUUUGUGAUAAGAAGACCUAACGGCCGAAAGAAUCACUUGCUGCUGCGAAGAACAGGCUUUACAUUUCUUCCUCUCAUCUUAGCAAAUGACCUCUUGAAGACACUCCAUGCUCCUUUCUCCUCCCUGGAUGGGACCGUGAUGUAGCACAGCAGGACCCGACCGGAGGACACUGUUACCAGUGCACUGGGCAGUGGGGCUGUCUGUCCUCCUGCUGCUGCCAAAACCUGGUGUCCUAAGAUCUUCCAGUAGAGACAAAAAGAGGAUACAAUUCCUUCAAUGCAAGACAGGGGCUUAGGGCCCCAAUCUCUACCUGGUUGGUCUCCUGUCCACUGCUGCCUGCCUGGGGUGGCCUGGAAGCCUGCUCAGAAAGGCACGAUGUGCAGCCUGAGAUGUCUCCCAGCCCAGGACCGUGAGGUUUACCAGUGUGUGCAAUCGCCAUGUAUCCAGAGGGAAGUACCUUUGCUACCUGCCACUUAGGAGUUGGGCCUCUGCUACAAGCACUUGAAAAUACGGUUUUUUGUUUGUUUGUUUUCUAAAUGACUCAACAAUCUGAUAUAGUUUUGCCUGGGCUUGUGGAGCUCUGGUAUUCCUCACUCCCUCUGGGUUUGCCUACAGAAGGUAGGUAGACUCAAGGAGGUAGGAGUCUGCGUUUCUGCUUAGAGAGGAGUGUAUCAGUGCUCGUCUUAUUAUAAUAACCCCCUAUCUUGUAAAUUUGAGCCUGGGCUGUGAAGGUGCUGAGAGUCUGUCGGUGGGCUAAUCGAAUGCGUGGGCCUCACCAAGUCCUUAGGAUGCUGGCCCAGGUUCUGCCACUGAGGGUGACAGAUCAUUUUCCCAUGGUCUGCUGCUUUUGUAGUGGCAUUUCUACAUUCACUGCCACCUCCUGGUGUAGAAGUUACACUGCUGCACCUGAGAGUGUUUCCAACUAAGAUGUAGCCAGUGCUUGGAUCUGGGUACAAGUAUGUAAACACCAACAUUUCACAUCCUUCACAGUCGGUUCCUCAGUGUGAUGGUGAAUGUUUGCAAAUGGCUAGUCUGGUGCUUUGGUGUUGGAAUCUUUCCCAUAGCAUCCUGAAAAGACAAGUCAUCAAUGGCCCAAGGAUACUGUGAAAGGAGCUAGGACAGGUACUUUGCUCAGUGGGCCUUGGGUCUAGCCCGGCUCUGAGCAGAGGACUGGGGCCUUCUCUGUCCUUGGGCAUUUCCCCUUUUCAGGUAACACACAGAGCCUUCUCUUCUGGGUUUCACCUGAGGUCAGAGCCAGGAUGGGAGCUGAAGACCAGCCUUUUGACUUGGCCACAGAGAUGUGAGUAGGUAGAAAUUCUGCUCCCCACCCCCCCAAUUUAUUGUUUCCCAGAAAAUCUUAUUCCUUUUAUUUAUAGAACGCAUGUCUUUUUGUGUUAAGAAACCAAAGAAAAAUAAAGA